AUGCCAGCACGUACGGUUGUAUUUUCAGGUAUUCGAAAACACGAUGGAAAAUCUUUCAGAGACUUGUUACCUGGUGAAUAUACCCAGAUGUCCGGUAGGGCCGGUCGUCGAGGGUUAGAUCCUACUGGAAUGGUGAUAAUUGCUUGUUCUGGCGAUCAAGUACCGAAUUCUCUAACUUUAGAUAAAAUGAUUUGUGGUACACCAACAAAAUUGGAAUCGCAAUUUCGUCUGACAUACAACAUGAUACUGAAUUUGAUGCGUGUCGCGGCCUUAAGAGUUGAGGAAAUGAUUAAACGAAGUUUCUCCGAGCAUUCUAGUCAAGAAAUGCUUCCGGAAUAUCAAAAAAUGUUUGAUGAGCACGAAAAAUCACUGAACGCAUUUAAAAAAUUGGAUUGCACUAUCUGCAAUCCCGACAUAAAUCAAUACUACAACGUAUCAACGCGGAUUUGUGAUCUGAACCGUGAAUUAAUGCAGAAAAUUGCUUCGAUGCCAACUGGAAUCAGUCCGGGCAGAGUCGUUAUUAUUAACAAUAGUUUUUAUCGAAAUGUAGCGGCUGUUGUUCUAAAAGCACAAUCAUCAAUAUUUUCUGCGAAGUUUACUGCCGCAAACACUACUAUCAACGAUAAAAGAUUUAUGGUGUUAAUAUUGCUGGAUAGUCGAUCAACAUCUGCAAUUGAGGACGGUGCACCACCACCACUUCCGGUAACACGUGUCGCGAAUCCUGAUCAAAGUUCAUUAACUUGCAAAAUAACCGAUAUUGCGUCUAGUGAUAUUGCUGUGGUCACCAAAACAACAAUAAAGAUUGUAUCAGAAAACAUAUUGGAAAAUCAAGACAAGCUAGAAAUCGCCAAAGCUCUCCAACAAUUAACGCAGUAUGCAACUGAGUCGCAACAUGUCGGAAUAUUAGAGAAUGACUGGUCCAAGAUAAAAGAACUUGCAUUCCAACUAAGUUUGAAGCAAAAAAAAGAACUCGUAAACAGUCUGGAUAAAUAUCAAUGCACCAACUGUCCCGAUUUAAAUGAGCAUUAUGGCAUGGUUCACAGAGAGCGUAUUCUAAGGGUCAAUGUGGAAGAACUACGUCGCACAAUUUCCGAUCAGAAUCUCGAGUUACUGCCUGAUUAUGUGCAAAGAAUUGCGGUCUUGCGGGAGCUUGAUUAUAUUAGUCAAAAUGACACUGUACAAUUGAAAGGACGGGUUGCUUGUGAAAUAAAUUCAGCUGACGAGUUAAUAUUGACAGAACUGAUUCUGGAAAAUAAAUUGAGUGAGUUUGAGCCAGCGGAGAUUGUGGCAUUGCUCUCGUGUUUUGUCUUUCAAGAAAAACAAGAAAAACAUGAAAUAGCAUCGAAAUUGACUCCUCCGAGUCUCGAAGAGGGCAGAGAAAUCAUAUUUGAUAUUGCAAAAAGAGUGGCAGAAGUCCAGCAUAAACAUGGACUUCCCAUCUCACCUGAUGAUUAUCUCCGUUCGUUCAACUUUGGUCUUGUGGAAGUAGUAUAUGAGUGGGCGUGCGAAAAGUCCUUUUUAGAAGUUAAAGAAUUAACAGACGUUCUAGAAGGUUCCAUCGUCCGCUGCAUUACACGACUUGACGAAACAUGUCGCGAGGUCAGAAAUGCCGCAAGAAUAAUUGGCAAUCACUCUCUCUACAAGAAAAUGGAAGAUGCUCAAAUGCUAAUUAAGCGUGAUAUUGUGUUUGCUGCUAGCUUGUAUUUUUAA